AUGGGUAAGAAGAAUACUAAGGGUGGUAAAAAAGGUAGAAGAGGUAAGAAUGACACUGAUGGACCAAAACGUGAAUUGAUCUACAAAGAUGAAGGUCAAGAGUAUGCUCAAAUUUCCAAAAUGUUGGGUAAUGGUCGUGUGGAAGCUACUUGCUUUGAUGGUAUAAAGAGAAUGGCUCAUAUCAGAGGGAAAUUAAGAAAAAGAGUUUGGAUGUCUCAGGGUGACAUUAUUUUAGUUUCGUUAAGAGAUUUCCAGGAUGACCAAUGUGAUGUGGUCCAUAAAUACAAUCUGGACGAGGCUAGAACGCUAAAGACGCAAGGUGAACUACCUGAAAAUGCCAGAAUCAAUGAGACUGAUAACUUUGGGUUCGAUUCUGAUGAGGAUGUCAACUUCGAAUUUGGUCACGCUGACGAAGACGAAGAUGAUGAAAGCGAGAACGGAGAUGAAUUCGAUAUUGAUGACAUCUAA